UUUAUGAUCAUGUGAAGGGAAGAGACAGUGAGUUAGUUUGAAUUAAUUUAUGAAUUUUUGAAUUUGCUGAUUGAAAUUGAAUGUAAACCUUUAAGUGGUUUAUGGCUUUGUGCUAUUGGAUUAUUGCACACUGCUUGGUGUUGUCGUUCUUAUGAGAGUUUGCCUGUGUAGGACCAACAAAGAUAUCAUUGUUUAUGCAUGCGACUGUAGUGAUGAGACUCUUGAAAGGGCCAAGGAGAUUUUAGGUGCUGCCAUGAUUGUGGCUUUUAGUCACCGGUUUCGUACAUUCUGUUGUGAUGUUUCCACUGAUGGAUUCCCAAACUGGUUGGUAUGCAACCCAUGCCGAGAUAGAGUUUUGCAAAAACCAUCAAUGUGCUUGUUAGAUGUCAAACAUGAUAAUGGAAUGCACUCUACCAAUCCAUUUAAAUUAGAAGGAUGCGAAUGUUGUAUUGGGGGAGUAGAUUUUGUAACAUUGAUAUUCACCCUAUCAGCAAUACCAUUGGAAAGGAUGCCAAGGUUCAUCAAGGAAUGCUUUAUUGUGUUAAAUCCUGGAGACAUGGUUUUAUUUAGGGACUACGGCCUCUAUGAUAUGACCAUGCUUCGAUUUGAGGAAGAUAAGAGAGUUGGAUUUAGGGAAUACAUGCGAUUGGAUGGAACACGAUCAUAUUUCUUUUGUUUGGAUACUGUACGAGAUCUAUUUGUGAGUUCAGGCUUCACCGAGCUUGAGCUUGAUUAUUGCUGUGUAAAAUCUGUAAACCGCCAGAAAGGCAAGUGCAUGCGAAGGAUUUGGGUUCACGGGAAGUUUCAGAAGCCUGUACUGAAUUAGGUAUCAGCAAUCUCUCUUUGGGCAUACCAUGUUAAUUUAGAAGAAAAUUUCACUUAUUCGAAUAUAUCAUUGAUCGGUUCCAGCUAUCCUAAAGAUUAAAGGGGAGACAGAUGAAUCAUAAAGCCAGUGAAGAGCUCUUGAAUUUCGGCACCAUGAGAAUGACAUGGUUAUCUGUUUUUGGAAAAGCAAAUGUAGAAGAUCUCUUUGGCUAUAGUGACAUGUCCAGUCUAUCCUUUUUUUUGGAGUGAAUAUGAAUCCAAUGUAUCUUGUGGUUUUUAAGAGAAUCAUCAUGUUAACUUAACAGAAAAAAAAAGAAUUAUCUCGUUAAUCUGCAGAUGACA